CAAACCCGAAACUAACUGUACGCGUUUAGUUUCGUUUUCCAGACAAUGAAUGUGAAGGCGCGGUUUCAACAGUAAGAGUCUCUACCACAUCGGGCAUACAAACUACUUGUUUUCGCAGUAUUAAAAUAAGUAACAAAGACAUGGAAUCUAAACUCAGUCAGCUGGAAUGCCUUUUUACAUGGCAGGUGGAAAAAUCAGAGAUAAGAGAUUUUAACAUCUUGCAGGAGAAACUUCUUGACAGAAUCAAGUCUUCCCCACAGAACUAUCAUGCUACAUAUUUCAACAUUCUGGCAUUUAUCAGCCACUUGGAAGGCAAAACCGAGAGAUCACUGGAUUAUCUUCAACAAGCUGAGUCAGCACUGAAGGAUGAUAAUCAAAAAAAAGAUGCCAACUACCUGGUGACCUUCUCCAGCUUUGCAUGGGUACACUAUCACUUGCACAACCUUGAUGAUGUGGAAAAAUACCUAAACAAGGUGAAAAAUAUAUGCAAGGACAUACCAGGUUCAUCAGAGUACUCCUGCAGCCUCCCCCUAAUACAUGUAGAGAAAGGGUGGACCUUUCUGAGGCUUGGCGGGUCAUUUUAUGAACGAGCAAAGGAGAGUUUCUCCAAGGGCCUUGAAGCAGAACCAGACAAUGUAUUGUGUAAUGUGGGCUAUGCAAUAGUGUUAUACAGAAUAGAAGGCAUGAACAAAGAGAGACCAAUAAGUGCAGAAGACAGUGAAACAGUCACGCAACUUAGAAAAGCUCUCAGCCUGGAACCCACAAGUACUGAAAUCAUGGUGCUGUUGGCCUUGAAACUCCAGUGUUUAAAGAGACAAGAAGCCAAAAAACUUAUAAACGAGGCUCUCAAACUGUCCCCUGACGUCCCGCAGGUGACCAGAUACGUGGCUAAGUACUUCAGAGCAGAAGGCUCCAUUAAGGAAUCCCUGUCUAUCCUUGAGAAAGCAGUCGAGUUGACCCCAAACUCUAACUUUCUGCAUCAUCAAAUCGGUCUUUGCCAUAAACAGCUGCUUAUUGAGAUGUUAUCUGAGAGGAGGCCUGGAAGACGAUUUCCUGCCGCUCAAAUAUCUGCUAAGGCAGCCGAGUGUAUCCGGCACUUUUCAAAGGCCGUAGAGCUAAAGCCUUCUAACAUUUACGCCCAAGUGAAUCUUGCAGAGGCCUAUGGGGAGAACCGACAAUUUGGAGAAGCAGAGAAAAUAUUUACCAGGCUGCUAAAUGACAAGUCUCUCAGCGAAUAUGAAAAACAGCACUGCCACACAUGCUAUGGUGUGUUCUUGCUCUACAAGAGAAAGGAUGAAGACACAGCAGUCUGUCAGUUCAAGAUUGCAUACAAAAUUCCAAUAGACAGCUAUGACAGGAAACAAGCGGGCAAGAAGCUCAGACAGAUUGCGGAGAGGCAUCUCAAUGACAAGCGCAAAGUCAGAGAGGCAUUCGAGAUUUUGGCCUUUGUAUCUUCUGAAGACAAGCAGGAGGCACAAGCGGCGAUGUAUCUGCAGAGGGCCCAGCAGCAGCACUCAGAUAGUGAUGAGCUAUCAGAAACCUUCGCCAAAGGACUGAGGCUAAAACCCUAACUGCACUUUACUCGUACAUGCUUUUAGCAAAAACUUAAAAUAGCAUUAAUAUAAUACUAUAAUCAAGGCUAUUUUAAAAUGUCUAAUUUGUAAACAAGUAUUUGAUCUUUAUUGUAAUACAGGCAACAUUUAUUGAAUAAAUCCUGAGGGGCGGUACAGUUGCCUCACAACAAAAAAAAAUCAAAAUUUUGUUGAUUUUAAGCUCUUCCGCGAUCAUGAACAACUGUAGGAACUCGCUGGCAGCCGACAUCUAACUUCAGAUUGUACAAUCAGUAUUUUGUCUCUGGUAGAUCAACUUGUGUGCAUGGCCGGACUUACCAUUGGGCUUGAUUGGGCUUGAGCCCAGGGGCCCCGGCCAAUAGGGGCCUCCGUGCUUGCGUUCGUUUGAUUUGUUCAGUCGUUUUCAUUUUUUAUUUGACAGUCUAUUGGUUGGUGCGGAAUUGUUUGGUGCUGCAUUUAAUUCGUUAAUAUAUAUGUAAGUCAUCUUGGUGAUUAAUAUGACGCGCUGAGUUUACUGCUUUUAAAAACCCAUAUAUGAUAGUAUAAUAGCGAAUACGCGAAAUGGGAGUCAUGAAUGAGCUUUACAUAUAACGAGAAAGAGCUACGCGAAAAUGAAGCACUCAGUAUGAAAAAGAUUACUAGAGUAGGCUAUGGUCUUGUAACUCUGUUUUUUGUUGUUUGUUUGUAAUCUAACGUGAUACUCCGGUAGGCUAUACGCAGUAUACCCACUAGGAAUGGUCAAGGAUUUCCGUAUACCCAUUUAAAAAAGCGUGAGGAUACAGUGUGUGACAAACCUUUGACACUUUCAUUCAUAAAUUGACAUCUGAAUCACUCACCAUGCGCAUGCUCCACUUGCUACUUUGGCGGGUUUAAUAUCAUAUACAGUCCAAUCCAAUCUGCUCGCAGUCUGCAGCUCACACGACACUGUAUUCGAACAAUCCCUGUGGAGAAGUGAACGAGUGGAGCAAAGCUACUAAACGUAACAAAAUCCGAAAAGUUAACUGCGCACAUAUGAUUAUGUUAACAUUUAAAUCAUCAGUCCACUUUAUUACUUCAUCUGGAGGUGAGGAUGCACUAAAUUAUGGGCAUGUUGAUGUCCUGAUGGUUUUUGAUAUAAUCCACUAGCAGUUUCUCUUUCAGCAUGUUUGCUUGUGCUUCACAGAAUCACAGUUUAAACUUCUGAAAAGUGUUCAUUUUUAUAUCUACCUUCAAGGUUUUAUUGUAUUAUGUCCUAGUCCAAGACUAUAUGUCUUAAUUUAAACACAUCUUGCACUGAUAUAUCUUAACACCUAUCAUUGCCAUUGUUUUGUCUCACGACGCACCGGUAAUGUUUUUUGUAAGGUUUGUUUGUAAAAACUACUUGCCCUAAUAUAACCUAUAGCAAUAGGCCUAGUGCUGGAUUAAUCUUAACCCUGUCGGGAAACUUCCCUAAAAUAUAGUUCUAUGAUAUAUUUUUUAUUUUAGGUUGUUUACUGUAUGUGCACUCUCAGAAGAUAAUUUACACAAGCUGUCACUCACUGGGGUGGUACCCUUUAGUACACCUUUGUCCCUAAAGAGUGGAUAUAAUGGGUACAAAUGUACCUAUAUCUGUACUGGUAAAUAUUAGGACCCAUUUAAAGGGUACCGUCCCAGUGACAGCUUUUGUUCCGAGAGUGUAGGGCCCAAAAUUUAUUCAAGCCCAGGGGCCUCCACCCUGGUAAGUCCUGCCCUGAUUGUGUGUAUAUCAACUUGUGUGUAGAUUAACUUUGUAGAUCAACUUGUGUGUAUAUCAACUUGUGUGUAGAUUAACUUUGUAGAUUAACUUGUGUGUAGUUCAACUUGUGUAUAGAUUAACCAGUUCUUGCAUUAAUAUCACUAAAGAUGCUGAAACACUGUUAAUAAAAAUAAAUAAAGAAAUAAAUUCUUGAA